CAUGGGGGACGAAGGCGGCGGCCCCGGCUGUGGGCCCACUAGGGAGCUGCGGAGGCUGAAGCAGCAGGCGCUGGAGUACUACCGGGAGAACGGCGUCCCGCGCAAGCUGGAAGAGCUGCUCAACUCCACCUUCUACCUCCAGCCUGCCGACGUCUACGGGCACCUGGCAAACUGCUUUUCUAAACUUGCGAAGCCACCCACCAUCUGCAAAGUGGUGGGGAAGCAUGUGCUGGACGGACUGGGGCUUCCCACCCUCCAAGUGGAAAUAUUCUGCACCAUUCAGAAUUUUCCCAAGUACAUUUGUUCUGUGAUGAUGGCGACUCACUUCGAAGUCUACGAGAACGCUGUGCCCGAGCUAGCUGAAGUGAUGGAAGCAGAGAGGUUGGAUGCCGUCAGCAUUGCUGUGCAGUGGGUCAACGAAAACAUCACCCAGGAGCUUCAGGGCCUAGAGCCCUCCAACCAGGCUGAGGUGGACCAGGUGCUCAGGACAUUCUUUGAAAAUAAAGUGCAAGAAGAUAAGGAGGGAGAAGAAUUGGAAAAGAGCCUGGAAAACUCAGCUGUACACAUAUCUUCCUCUCUGAUGCCACCACCACCAACAACUCCUCCUCCUCCACCUCCGGCCAAAAAAAAAGGACAGAAGCAAGGUCGGAAGAGUACUAUCACAGAGAAACCUCUCCCACCUCCAGAGCCUGUUGAACCUGUGCUCUGUGGCAGCAUGGCCAUAGGGGCUGUGUCACUAGCUGUCGCCAAAACCAUUGCCGUGCUGGACAGUAACCCUCUGUACUUCCAUAUCGCAUCCCUGAAGCACCAUCAGGAACAGCCAGCAAAGCUAACUAUUCCUUUGCUAAUGGUAUCUCUGGUCAGCUGUGGGAAGUCAUCGCCUGGGAAGCUGAAUUUAAUGAAAGAAGUGAUCUGUAUACCCCAUCCUGGAUUAAUGGCUAAACAAGGUGUGGAGAUGCUUAUGGAAAUUCAGAAGCAAAUAAGCAAGACAAUUGAAACGUCCCCUCCUCCAAAAGCAGAGAUGAAGAAAGGGCAAAAUGGAGGCAAAAGAGGUCAGCAGCCGGUCACUGGCAAGAUGUCCCAUCUGGGCUGCUUGACCAUCAAUUACGACACCAUAGAGCAGCCCCUGCUCACCAUACAAGGAAUCUGUGCGAACCUGGGGCUAGAACUGGGGACGAAUCUGUAUCUGGCCAUCAACUGUGCUGCGCAUGAGCUGGUGGACUAUAGUAAGGGGAAGUAUGAAGUGAUGACGGGAACAUACAAAAACACCACUGAGAUGGUUGACCUGUAUGUGGAUCUGAUCAGCAAGUUCCCUUCAAUUAUCGCCUUAAUUGAUCCUUUCAGGAAAGAGGACUCUGAACAGUGGGACAGCCUCUAUAAUGCUCUUGGUUCCAGGUGUUACAUAAUUGCGGGAAAUGCCUCCAAAAGCAUUUCCACACUUCUAGAGGAAGGCAACAUCAGCACCCCCAAAUCCAGUGGGCGGAUCAUAAAGCACACCAAUCAAACGACGAUGUCUGACUUGGUGGAAAUAAGCAACCUCAUCGACAGUAAGAAGCACAUGGCUGUCUUUGGAAGCGCGGAAGGGGAGUCUGCAGAUGACAGCCUCGUGGACCUGGCCGUCGGACUGGGUGUCCAGUUUAUCAAGUUGGGAGGUCUUUCUCGCGGCGAACGGGUGACCAAGUACAACCGCAUUUUCACUAUAGAGGAAGAACUUGUCCAGAACGGAACACUGGGUUUCAAAGGAGAACUCACCUUUGUCCAGCUGAACGAGGAAGAUGACAAGGCCUCCGAGGAGCCGGAUGCCGCGGCCGCCGAGGCCGGUGAGCUGCCCGGGCGCCCGGAGCCCAUCUUCCCCACAGAAGUCGUAGAGGAAGCGGCCUGAGCUCAAGCGCUUCCGGACCGGGCUGUCCACACCCAGGUCCAGCCACAUCCCUGUUUUCAGGCCGCAGCUCUGAAGUCUGUCUUCUUCAUCUUGGUUUUGCUCUAAAACUUCACUGACUUUGUGCUUCUUCUCCUCCUUUACCAUUUGGUGAAAUACACAUAUAGCCUUUCUGCCUGUGUGCGGUCCGUGUCUCACAGCCAUCACACUUCCAGGGCGGUAGGAGGUCUGUUUAUGUACCUGCGCCCCUGUCCAUCGGGGAGGGAAGGGGAUGACCUCGUAAAAGUACCCGGGACUUGUGUUGCCAGCUCCGCACUCAGUUCAAACACCUCACACUUUACAAAUGAAAACAUCUCUGAGAAGCAAAUCUUUUCCACCAGGAGCUCUCUUGCCGGGAACAUGUGUGCAUCUGCGUUUACAUUACACACCCGUGCUUGGAAGCGCACACACGGUUUUGUAGCCAACCUCACGCAGAAGUAGGAGAGUUUCACCGUCCUGUGUAACAGCCGAGCAGUGGCCUUUGCCCCGAUUCCCUCCUCUUUCUAAAUGUUAGUUUUUCUUGUAUUAUGUAUAUCCUUGGGAGUCUCCUUCAAUCCUUCUCGGAACAGGAAUGAGGGUAAGUGAAUAAACACGUGCAUGGGUGGAUAACUAUCCUUAAGGGAAUGAAAUGCUCACUUAUUGACAUGACAGCACUGACAGGUGACUGAGACGGUGCAGGUGUAGGGUGACUGCCCUGCCCGCUGUGAGCCAGCAGAGAAGGAACAGAAAUGAACUCACUCUAUCACGUACCUACGGAUACCACCUGCUUUGUAUGGUUUGAUUCUCUGUUAAAAGUUAUCAUUUGCUUUACCCCAAAAUUAUAUAAAUUGCUACGUACUGAUGUGUGGGAGAGUUGGCUAAACUUAGAUUUCUGGCAUAUUCUAUAUGUUUUCACUAAACACACACGGAGGACCUCUCCUCUUGAAGAGGACUAACAGGGAAAAGUCAUGGUCUGAUGCCCAGGCCUUUCCCUCUAAGACAGUGGUUCUCAACCUUCUGGCCCUUUAAAUACAGUUCCUCAUGUUGUGAC